AUGUCUCAGGACCCAGUGACAUUCCAGGACGUGGCUGUAGAGUUCACCCAGGAAGAGUGGGAGCACCUGGGUACUGCUCAGAGGGCACUGUACCGAGAGGUCAUGCUGGAGAACUACAGGAGCCUGGCCUCCUUGGGGUGCCAGGAUUUCAAGCCUGAUGUGAUCUCCCGGCUGGAGCAAGGUGGACUGGCAUGGAUGGCAUGGAGGGACAUCCCUAGGGGCCCCUCUCCAGACCAAGAGACAAGAUCUAGAAUUGCAAAGUCAAAUCUGAAGCAAGUAAUUUCUGAAGAAUUUUCCCAGGGUAUGAUAAUCAACAAAGGUAAAAGGAAUGGAAUCUGUUACUCCACCAGAGAAGUCCCAGAAUAUCUUAGCUGUUUAGAGAGCCAUCCAGGGCAGAUGGCAUUUACCCAUAAGAAAAUCCUGACUCAGGAGAACAUUCAUGAAGAUAAUGGAUUUGAGUUUAAACAGCAAUCAAACUUUGUUACUCAAAGCACAAGUCCUUCAGGGAAAACAAUGUGUAAAGAUGACUGUUACAGCAGGAGCUUUUCAUAUAACCUAGAUCUAAGUAAUCAUCAGAGAAUCUACACAAGUGAAAAGCCAUACAAAUGUGAUCAAUGUGGGAAAUACUUUGGCUGUGGUUUGGAUCUCACUCAACACCAGAGUACUCAUACUGGAGUUAACCCAUACCUUAUUAAAUAUCAGAAAUUUGGUGCUAGAGAAAAGCCCUUCAAAUGCAGAAAUUGUGGCAAAUCUUUCAGCAGGGGGACACACCUUAUACAACAUGAAAGAUGUCACACUGGGGAGCGACCAUUUGCGUGUAAUGUAUGUGGGAAGUCGUUCAGCUGGGACUCAUCCCUUAUUCUACAUCAGAGAACUCAUACUGGAGAAAAACGCUAUGAGUGCAGUGAAUGUGGGAAGGCCUUCAGCCAAAGCACCUGCCUCACACAACAUCAGAGGAUUCAUACAGGUGAGAAACCUUAUGAAUGUAAUCAGUGUGGGAAAGCCUUUAGCCAAAGUUCACAUCUAACUCUGCAUCAGAAAACUCAUACUGGGCAGAAACCCUAUGAAUGUAAUCAGUGUAGCAAAGCCUUUAUUCAGAGCAUUCAGCUAACUCUGCAUCUAAGAACUCAUUCUGGAGAAAAACCUUUUGAAUGUACCGAAUGCGGUAAAACCUAUAGUCAUAGCUCAUCCCUAAUGCAACACAAGAGGAUUCAUACUGGAGAAAAACCCUUUGAAUGUAAAGAAUGUGGGAAAGCCUUUACCCAGAGCAUUCAGCUUACUUUACAUCUGAGAACACAUACUGGAGAGAAACCCUAUGAAUGUACCGAAUGUGGCAAAGCCUAUAGUCAUAGGUCAUCCCUUAUUCAACAUAAGAGGAUCCAUACUGGAGAAAAACCCUUUGAAUGUAAUGAAUGUGGGAAAGCUUUCCGAUGGAACACACAUCUUACUCAACACCAGAGAAUUCAUACUGGAGAGAAACCUUACAAAUGCAAAAAGUGUGACAAAUCUUUCAGCAGAAGUACACACCUUAAUCAACAUCAGAGAAUUCAUACUGAAGAGAAACCCUACAAGUGUAACGAGUGUGGGAAAACCUUUGGUCACAGUGCAUAUCUGACUCAACACCAGAGGAUACAUACUGGAGAAAAACCCUAUCAGUGUGAGGAAUGUGGAAAGGCCUUCACUGUAAAUGCAUACCUUGCUCAACAUCAAAGGAUUCAUAAGAGAAAGAAACCUUUAUUAUGUGCCAGUCACAAAGAAAUUCUGACUGGAAAGAAAUCCAACAAAUGGAUCUAA